AUGGGCGUGUCCACUGAGGCACAGCGCGCACACGCAAAGCUGCGGCUUCCCACACAUCAAAGUCCAGAGCUCACAGACCAGACCACAGUCCUGCCCCUAAAGCUUCACCUCCACAACUUCAGUGACCAGGCGCCGUGUCGCUGCUCGGAUGGGAGUGGAUACACCGCUGUGGAGAGGACGGACGCGAACCAUGUGCUCUCUGUGGGUGUUCGGAGCUCGUGGGACUGCAGAGACUCUUUACCGCCCCGCUCCUCGUCUGUGGGAGCACGGCCACAUGCUAUGAGGCGUUGUCAUGGCAACCAGAUGCAGCCCGCCAUCCCCGUUAUAGGCCUCCUGCGCGCCUACAGUACAGCACACUGCGGCACUCAAAGUUCACGCUCAUGA